CCCAGUUGGAGGAGGGAGAAGCCAGGAAGAAAAUGGCGGCUGUGGCUGCAGAGGCGGCAGCGACUGCAGCGUCCCCCGGGGAGGGGGGCGCCGGAGAGGCCGAGCCGGAGAUGGAGCCCAUUCCCGGCAGCGAGGCCGGCGCUGACCCGCUCCCGGUCACGGCUACCGAAGCAUCUGUGCCGGCCGGCGAGGCCGACGGGCAGCCGUCUUCUCCUCAGGCCGACGAGCCGCCGCUCCCGCCGCCGCCGGGGGAGCUCCUGAUCCCCGGCUCCGAGGUGCGGGUCACACUGGACCACAUCAUCGAGGACGCUCUUGUCGUGUCGUUCCGCCUCGGGGAGAAGCUCUUCUCCGGGGUCCUCAUGGAUUUGUCCAAAAGGUUUGGGCCCCAUGGGAUCCCUGUGACAGUAUUUCCCAAAAGGGAAUAUAAGGAUAAACCUGAAGCCAUGCAGCUCCAAAGUCAUACAUUCCAAGAAGGCACAGAGGUCAAGCAUGAAGUGAAUGGUGCUGUUCCCAAUGAUCCUUCUCCCAUCCCGCCUUCUGAGCCCAGCUUGGCUGAAAGCCUGUGGACUUCCAAACCACCACCUCUCUUCCAUGAAGGAGCACCUUAUCCUCCCCCUUUGUUUAUCAGGGACACCUAUAACCAAUCAAUACCUCAACCACCACCUCGGAAAAUUAAGCGACCCAAACGAAAGAUGUAUAGGGAAGAACCUACUUCAAUAAUGAAUGCUAUAAAACUCCGACCCAGGCAAGUCCUGUGUGACAAAUGUAAAAAUAGUGUUGUUGCUGAAAAAAAGGAAAUCAGAAAAGGUGGUGCAAGUGACUCUUCUAAAUAUGAAGAUAAGAAACGGAGAAAUGAAAGUGUAACUACUGUGAACAAAAAACUGAAAACUGACCAUAAAGUGGAUGGGAAAAACCAAAAUGAAAGCCAGAAAAGAAAUGCUGUGGUAAAGGUUUCAAAUAUUGCUCACAGCAGAGGUAGAGUAGUUAAAAUUUCUGCUCAGGCAAAUACAUCGAAAGCUCAGUUAAGUACUAAGAAAGUACUUCAGAGUAAGAACAUGGAUCAUGCAAAAGCUCGGGAAGUGUUGAAAAUUGCCAAAGAAAAGGCACAAAAGAAGCAAAGUGAAACCUCUACAUCCAAAAAUGCACAUUCAAAAGUCCAUUUUACACGUCGCUAUCAGAACCCGAGCUCAGGUUCCCUUCCCCCCCGGGUUCGUUUAAAACCACAAAGGUACAGGAAUGAAGAAAAUGACUCCUCUCUGAAGACCGGACUUGAGAAAAUGCGGAGUGGCAAGAUGGCCCCUAAGCCCCAGUCUCGCUGCUCCUCCACCCGCUCAGCAGGUGAGGCCCCGUCAGAAAAUCAGAGUCCCUCAGAAGGCCUGGAAGAGGCCAGCAGUGAGGUUCAGGACACCAAUGAAGGGCUUGUGCCUGAUGAGCAGGAUGAACCACAGACACUGGGCAAAAAGAGCAGCAAAAGCAAUAUCUCUGUUUACAUGACCCUUAAUCAAAAGAAAUCCGACUCUUCCAGUGCUUCAGUGUGUAGCAUUGAUAGCACAGAUGGCUUGAAGUCCUCCAGCUCUGAGUGUAGUUCUUCUGAAAGUUUUGAUUUUCCUCCAGGCAGUAUGCAUGCACCUUCCACCUCUUCCACUUCCUCCUCUUCAAAGGAAGAGCAAAAGCUCAGCAAUUCCUUGAAAAUGAAAGUCUUUUCCAAAAACGUCUCUAAAUGUGUCACACCAGAUGGCAGGACCAUAUGUGUAGGGGACAUUGUUUGGGCCAAGAUAUACGGCUUCCCUUGGUGGCCAGCCCGUAUUCUUACUAUAACUGUGAGCCGGAAAGAUAAUGGCCUUUUAGUCCGCCAGGAGGCCCGUAUUUCAUGGUUUGGCUCCCCAACCACCUCUUUCCUUGCUCUUUCGCAACUCUCCCCCUUUUUAGAAAACUUCCAUUCACGUUUUAAUAAGAAGAGAAAGGGCCUGUAUCGCAAGGCUAUCACAGAGGCAGCUAAGGCUGCCCAGCAGCUGACCCCUGAAGUGCGGGCUCUGUUGACACAGUUUGAGACGUGAACGUGGACAGUAAGGUAGGCGAGAACCAUGGGAAGGUGCCGCAGGUUUUCUAGUCUAGUUAGGAGUCUCUGCUCCAAAGCAGCUUGGCCAAACUGGAGAGGGAAUUACAUUCAGUUGGCUGCUUUUUAUACACUGACCUUAUAGCCAUUUUUAACUGAAGUUUAAACUGAACAAGCAAUCAAAUUUUGUCUUAAGGGAGUGAGAUUUUUAGCAGUAUUUUUCAGUUUUGAAAUCUAAAAUCAUCAGAAGGCAUAGGAGCCAUAGCCUCAACUGAAAAUGAACUUUUGCAGGGACUGUUAUUUGCCAUUUGUACCUAGUACUGUGUGGAUGUGUUUAUAUGUAUAUGUGUAUACACACAUAACAUACACCUGUAUGUGUGUAUAUAUGUGUACACACCUUACAUACAUAAUAUAGCCCGUCACUGUGUGACAAAGGUUGCAUAUUUGAGAUUGCAGUAAGGGCUGGUGAGCUGGGGGAAUUGUGGAUAUUUAAGGACUGCUUGUGUUUUAAUUAAUGAACACUGAGCCUUUCUGUGGCAAAGAGGUUGAUUAUUAGGUGUUUGACAAACUGAAAUGCUUGCUCCUCAGCUGUAGGCUGGGGAAAUAGGUCAAAGUUGGGGAGUCAGACUGUCAAGGCGGCAAGGUUCCCAUCAUUACUCUGUCAUCCAGUGGGGACUUAAGGAAACUUUCAAACUUCUGGUUUGGGAGUUCAGAUAGUUUUUUUGGGGGGUAUGUAAAUAGUUGAUAGCUAAACUUGGUCAGAUUUCUCCUGACUGACUGUUCCUAAAUUCUUAGGAUACGUUCUAGUAAAUUACACUUUGUGAUUGUCGUAUGUGUAAUUGUUGCAUUUUGGAUGUACCUACUUUGAUAAUUAAAAAAAAAAUUUCCGUUUAAGGUAUCUGUUUGCAGGUCAGAAAAUGAGAAAAUGUAAUUGUGUAAUGCUCUGAAAUGUAAAAAACAAAAAAAGCUGUAAAUAAAAUCAACUAAAUCCAAAUUAUUUGUGUGUGUUUCUCAAAAAGCUUUGAAAAAUUUCAAGAUGGUAGAGAAUUCCUUGUAAUGUGUGGAGGAGGUGAAACAUCACACCUUCAUUUUCCUAUUUGCUCUACUAGGGAAUAUAAUCUGUGAGCAUAGGCAAAAUUAUAAAAUUGAAAUAACAAGAGAUAAUCUGUUAAAAUAUAGUUUUGUAGUUUAGGGGUCUGACAUGCUUAUAGAUUUGAUUUCCUCCUCCCGCCAGUUUCUCAUAAACGUGUGGGUCUCAAAUUUUUUCAUUUUUAGCCUUUAUCACGUGCUUCAUUAACAUUUGGGUAACUAACCAGUGUCAUCUGUUCUCUGCCUUAAAUAU